GGUCAUACAAAUUGGCCAAUCAAUGUUCCUAAAAGGUUCGACCAACGGAUGGUGAUAACAGUGUCUGUGAACGAGUUCGAGUGCCCACCUGGCUCAUGUCAAGGACCUAAUGGAACCAGGCUCGCAUCAAGUCUUAACAACAUGAGCUUUGUGAACCCCUCCAUAGAUAUCCUUGAAGCGUAUUACAAGGGGAUAAAUGGGGCUUUCGAUACAAAUUUUCCGAGCAGGCCCUUGUACUACUUUAAUUUUACAGCGGAGUACCAGCCGUUCGCGCUUUUGAAGUCGAGGUUGGCGACUGAGGUUAGGAUUUUGGAGUAUGGGACGACGGUGGAGAUGGUGUUCCAGGGCACGUCACUGGUGACGGCUGAGAACCAUCCCAUGCACCUCCAUGGCCAGAGCUUUUACGUGGUGGGGUGGGGAUUUGGGAAUUUUAACGAAGAGAAGGAUCCAUUAGGAUAUAACUUGGAGGACCCUCCGCUGAAGAAUACAUUUGGAGUUCCAACGAAUGGAUGGCUGGCCGUCAGGUUUACAGCUUAUAAUCCUGGGGUGUGGUUCUUGCAUUGCCAUUUGGAGCGCCAUCUUAUCUCGGGAAUGGACACUGUGUUCAUAGUGAAAAAUGGUGUAGAUCCGGGAGAAAAGCUACUGCCUCCACCUCCUCACAUGCCUCCGUGUUAAACCCUAACUGGAAGCAUGCUUGAUCCAAAUUUGUUUUUUAGACAAGCUUGUUAUGGACUCCUAAUUGGUUUUAUCUAUGCAAUAGUACAUGUUAUCUAUUAUGUAUUGCCCAAAAAAAAAAAAUUUGUUUGUAUUUGAUGUUGGCUGUGAAAGUUUUAAAAAGAUAAUAUUCGAAGAAUAAUUCCUAUUAUUGAUUUGUGCACA